CAUUGUCGUUCAUUAAGUUCUGAAUAUUAUUUAGCCUUCUUUAUAUACGCUAGAUAUCUGAAUUUGUCUGAAUGCGUUUAGAACAGGUUUCUGUCAUGCUUAAACUCCCUCUUCUGAUUGCAGCUUGAUUGGUGCUCUUGAAGGUGAUUGACUGUCUUGAAGAUUCAAAGGACCAGGAAAGAUAUAUAAAGAUAAAGAUGUCUGCAAACAAUAUAGUCUCUAAGGAAAAUUUGAUCAUAGGGAAGACCUUUGUAAGCGGAUCUGAUCUUCUAUGUGCUGUGCCAACAAGCUCUGCAGAUGCAGUUUCUGAGGAACCAGAGUUAAGGGCUUAUAAGUUGGGAAAGCAGAAAUGCUCUUACAAUCAAAUUGAGCUUCUGUUUUAUGAUCUUAGAGGGCAAAAUCCAGUUGGAAUGAAGAUUUCUGAAGCUAUUGAAACCUGCAUUGGGUCUGAGGUGGAAGAUAUUUUAAAAGAGAGCUGCCUCAAGUUCAAUGUGAGAUUCUUGACUGAUAUGAGGAUGAAUCUUUAUAUUUUUGUUGUCCAUGCCAAUGCCCAUUUGAAAUUGGAGGGUAGUAGUCCUAGUGAUGGAACGAAAUAUUAUUGGAUGCCUGUAACGCGGUCUAAUUGCAAGAAGGGUUGUCGGGGUCCUGUUCUACGUGGGCUGCAACGAUUUGGUAAAAUGUCUAGACGAGGCGAAGGAACAGAGCAGGAUUCAUGGAAAGAACCUAGGCAUCUGUAUAUUGCAAUAGAUGAGGCCAGCACCCAUGUCUGUAUUGACCCUGCUGAAAACCCUAAAUUCAGGUUUCUUUUGGCUGCUUACAAUGAUCUGUAUGAAUUGUUGGGCACAACUAUAUCCAGCAGCAUAAGGGUUUUGUCUAAUAAUGAUGCUCCUCGUGGAACUGCUUCUUUGAAGGUGCACUUCAAUUUGCAAGAGGGCUGGAAACACGAUUUACCACAAACUCCACGUCUGAGCAGCCUACCUGACCUAAGAUCGAAAGAUAUUGAAUUGUAUCCUCAGCUCAUCGACGGGGAUCAAACUGGCGAUGAAUCCGCCAUUGUUGUCGAUGGCUUGUCUGCAAAGAAAACCCAGGAAUUUUCGGUAAAGCAGCAUGAACCAGAAAAGAAUUUGACGGAAGACAACCAUUCUCUCAAUGAAUUGUGUGAAAGGUUAUUUGAGAUUUGUGCAUCCAAAGUGGGUUCCGUCAUUUCUUUACGAACACUUGCGGCUCUUGUAGGGACAAGGAGAAAAAGAAUCUAUGAAAUUUUCAAUGUGCUUCAGUGCGUUUUGAUCGUGGAGCAGAAAGAAGAGAGGGAGAAGUAUAGCUGGCUUGGUGCAACAAAAAUUUCAUCUGCUAUAAAGAAGCUUAAACAAGAAGCCCCUCUUUCUAAGAAACCCUACAGAAGAAAACAAUUGAAGUACCCCACCGAUGAAAUGGUCGAAAAUCCUAUUAGAGAGCUCACGGAAAGAUUCAUACAGCUUUUCCUUGUCAACGAGAAGCGUUCCAUAACACUUGAUUUUGCCGUGGACGCGCUCCUCGACCCCCGCAUUGAUCCCCAGACACAUCGCUGCAAAAUGCGAAGAUUGACGGAGAUAGCAAGAAUACUUACAGUAUUGAAUUUGAUUAGCACGAAAAGGUCUUUUUCUGGCAGCGGAUCUUUAUUUUCCUGGCGGGGAGCUUCUGGAGUUAAGCAACGGCUUGUAAUUGCAGAUUCCGGGAAGAAAACUCUCAAACGCAGAUCUGCAGGAUUAAACCCUAAGAAAAAGGCAGUCAAAAAUAAGGAUCCGAAAUUCAACAUUUCUAAGAUUGCAAUGCAAAAUAUGCCAAGCCUUGUUAGCGAAACCGACGAUGACGACGAAAUUUUGCCGCCGCUAGAAAUGGAGUGCAAUCGUCUGAUCAAACGGCCAAGGCUGUGUGCGACUGCAGCGAAUUUCACCACAGAAAAGAAUUGUGCGUCAAUUCUGUCAAAAGGAAGCAUGCCGGCACCAUCAAACCCUAAGAAGAUUGAUGGAUAUUAUUCUCGUGGUUCAGAUUCAGCAAAUCCAUCAUCACCUCUACAAAAUUUAGAUCACAACGACGCAGAUGCUGUCAACUACGAAGUAGCGGCCAUGCUUAUGUGUUUAUCAUCUUCAGAUCAGCUAAAUUCAAUUAAUUCAAAAUCCUCACCACAGGUGAUCCUAAACGAUCAAAUCGAAGCCGAAACACAACAGAAACCGCCAACCAUAAAUGAGAUAGAGGAGAAAUCAAUUUGCCCGUCAAAUGCCACAACGGAGUUGUGUUCCAAAUAUUUUGAAGACGAAGCCGUAUUUCACCAGUCUGACCAAGGGUUCGAUCCUCUGUUCCAUUUACAGCAAAUCUUUUCACCUUCGCAGAUUGCUCAACUGCAAGCAGAAAAUCCAGGGUUCAUGUUUGAUUUUGUUCGCUACUCCAGACAACUUUACCAGAAAUGGUGUGCUAAAAAAAUUUCCACUAACAAGCAGAAAAAUUUGUUCAACCCAGUGCCCAUCCGAGCCAUUUAUAAUACAGAUUUUGUUGAUACUUUGGCUAGCGGCCAAGAUCAGAUGUAAUUAACAUCAAAGAUAUUUGUUGAAGAUCAGAUGUAUAUUCGUACUCCAUGUUAUCUCUGUAAUUUUCUUAAGACGAGAAAAAGUAUUUAACAGAAUUCUGUUCACGACGAGAGGUGAAUAAUUUAUGAUGUAGAAGCUAAUGUAUUCUGUUAUUCUUGAGUAGUUAUAAUGAUGUAUUCUGUUAUUCUUAA